GGAAGGGGCGGGGCCGGGCUCGGCGUCGGCGCCAUCGGGCCCUGCGGUGCGGCGCGCUCGGUGCAUGGUGUCCGCGGCCCCGCGCUCCUGCCUGCUGCCGGCCAUGGAGGGCGUGCGCUGGGCCUUCUCGUGCGGCACCUGGCUGCCCAGCCGCGCGGACUGGCUGCUGGCCGUGCGCUCCAUCCAGCCCGAGGAGAAGGAGCGCAUCGGCCAGUUCGUCUUCGCCCGCGACGCCAAGGCUGCUAUGGCUGGUCGUCUGAUGAUAAGGAAAUUAGUUGCAGAGAAAUUAAAUAUUCCUUGGAAUAAUAUUCGUUUGCAAAGAACUGCCAAGGGGAAACCAGUUCUUGCAAAAGACUCCUUGCAUUCUUACCCCAAUUUCAACUUCAACAUCUCUCACCAAGGGGACUAUGCCGUGCUCGCUGCGGAACCUGAGCUCCAAGUUGGCAUUGAUAUCAUGAAGACCAGUUUCCCAGGUCGUGGUUCAAUUUCAGAAUUCUUUCAUAUCAUGAAGAGAAAGUUUACCAACAAAGAAUGGGAGACCAUCAGAAGCUUUAAGGAUGAAUGGACUCAGCUGGAUAUGUUUUAUAGGAAUUGGGCGCUGAAAGAAAGCUUCAUCAAGGCCGUUGGUGUUGGACUGGGGUUCGAAUUGCAGCGGCUUGAGUUUGAUAUAUCCCCUUUAAACCUGGAUAUUGGCCAGGUUUAUAAAGAAACACGCCUAUUCCUUGAUGGGGAAGAAGAAAAAGAGUGGACCUUUGAGGAAAGCAAAAUAGACGACCACCAUUUUGUGGCAGUUGCCCUUAGGAAGCCUGAUGGAUCUAAACAGGACGCUCCAUCUCAUUCUAAGUCAGCCCAGAGAGAGUUUACUGUUCUCACUUUCAGUGACCUGAUAUCCUCUGCCGUCCCCAUGACCCCUGAAGAUCCAUCCUUCUGGGACUGUUUUUGCUUCACAGAGGAAAUUCCAAUACGAAAUGUUUAAAAACAACUUUUCCUACUGAAAAAGCAGACUCCCAGAUCAAGAUAGCUCACGGCGUCCGUGCUUACCUCUUCCUCCCCAAAUCAUGUUGGAUUGACGGAAGAAACAGAAAAUGUGACAGAAUAUCAGGGUGAUGCAAGCAGAUUGUAGAGAAACAGAAACUACAGACAUGCAAAAAGAAAACUCUUAAGUUCAUAUCUCUCAGAGGUAACUAUUCCUAAAACUCCAGUAUCUUUCAAGACAUUUUUCUUGGUAAAUGAAUCUGUAUUAAUAUUCUUGUUUUGUUUUUUUUUUAAACGGGAACAUACGUGAUUUUGUUGCAAUUCUUUUUUUUUCCUUAAUGUCUUACUGUUGUUUAUAAAUAUACUUCUGUGUUUAAUUUUUCUAGUGGCUUUGACAUGUUCUGUUUUCUGACUAACAAUACCAUUUAGGAUGCUUUUGACCAGAGAUAACAAAGAAUAUUACUUGACUAUAGUAACCAGAAAUAUUUAUUAGGUCAUGUAACACACAGUCGAGAAUUAUCAUUAGACAUUUUUUUUAAAAUUUUUUGCCUCAGCCUUUUUUUUUUAUUUUGCCUUAUUUGUUCUCUUCAUGGUCCUAAGAACUGAUAAUAAGUUCACAGAGUCACUUCACAAAAGGCCACAAAGACCUUUUCUCCCCUUGUAGCUCAGUUUCACCAUCAGUGAGUUUUCUCAGGAGCUCUGGGAGAGAUCCCUAUCAGUAUCCAUGGCCUCGGUCUGCUCACUGAACUCCUGCCACCAGACUCAGCGGCCGGCCUACAGGCGCUUGUGCCGGCCAGCUUGGCUUCAAGUUUAUCUUCCCUGUGCUGAUCGGACGUGUUGAUUUUAUACUGGGCGAUGUCUGACAGUGUGCCAGUUCAUUGGGGAGGAGGUCACUGCUCUGAGGCCAGCGAUGGGCAGCUGCCAGUGGGAAGGGUACUGAGUUGUCAGCUCACUAGACACGGCAGCUUACUCUACCAGGUUUAUCCCAGAGUUAGACAUUUGAGGUUGAAACAGCGGUUUCCUCUAAUCCACCUCUCAGGAAGAGAACCCCUCGGGCCACUUGGUGAGUAUGAACCCUUGGAAAUGGGUAGGAUGGUUUACUUUUUGGUAAUGAAGAACAAGUUGGAGGCACAGUCUCAGUGUUUGGUCCAGAAUCUGAUUAAGGUGAUCUGGUGAACUGGGAGCGCUGGGCAUGUGUUGGUACCCUGGGGUGCAGAAGCCCACGCCCACCAGCACCAGUGUUUGUGGAUGUGGAAUGGACUCAUGAGGAAGCUGCUGGGGUGGGGGGAGGAGGGUGGCAUGUGCCCGCCCUCAGCCUUGCCUUAGCCAUUGUGUUGAUGCACAGACGCACUGCAGACAAUGGGAAAGAGACUCUGACCGUGCUUUGAGGUAGGUGCACGCUUAAUUAUGUCCUGGAAAAAUGUUUUUUAGAAGGGGAAAGCUUGGCACAAAGGCCUCAAAAACAUCUUUAGAAUUUUGACAAAUACUGGGAAAUUACUUUCCAAAAUGCCUGUUCAGUUUACACUUUCAGUUCACGUUUUGUGUAAGCACCCAUCCAUCACCACUCAUGUCUUUAGUCCCUGGUCAACUGCAUUUUUUUUCUUUUUGAUUGAAUCUUUGUUCGAAGAAGUGAAACAUUUUUUAACUUGUGUUUUAUGAGAAAUGAGGUUGAUCUAUCAGUGUUGUUGCUGUUGUUUGUGCUUUUUUUUUUUACGGACUGCCUGUUUUGUCUUUUUCUGUUUUUAUUUUAGUAAAUAAGACUUAAUUUAAUGUGGGAAUAUAAUAUAUACGAUGCCAAGACCAUCAUAUUGAUGACAUAAUUUUAUAUGGUCUAGUGCAUGUCUGGGGAAUUUGCAUCUUGUUAAUUACCAAGAAGUAAAGUAAUUGUUUCUAUUACUAAAAUUAAAAGCUGUGUGUAAAUUGUAUAAAAUUACUUUGCUUAGUGAAAUAUUUGGAAUGUUUUCUAAUUUUUCAUUUUAUUAAGCAUGCCCAAGUAUUUCAAGUAGAGUAAAUAUGUGGAAAGUGUUCUUCCUAGCAUGAAUGUAAUGAUAAAAUCUUGUCAUCUGUAUUCUCACUACAAUAAUAAAAUGACUAACUGGAAAUAACUG